CUAUGACCCUGCUGCCCAGGCAAAUCCGGCCCCGUAUAGGAGAAAGUGAUCAGGGUCCACACCUGUCGUGUGACUCACUGACCGGAAGCAUCUGUCCUCUCUGAACUUACCUAACCACAUUCGCUGGCCUCUGAUUGUGAACAAGCAUUCAAUGCCCAAUGGCUUUUCAGGACCUUUUGGAUCAAAUUGGCAGCUGGGGGAGGUGUCAGAUCCUUCAGAUGAUUUUUCUCAUGAUCUGCAAUGUCACAGUGUAUCCUCAUAUUCUCCUGGAGAACUUCACUGCAGCUGUUCCUGGGCACCGCUGCUGGGUCCCCCUCCUGGACAAUCAGACCACGAUCUCUGGCAAUGGCACUGGGAUCCUCAGCCAGGACGCCCUCCUGAGAGUCUCCAUCCCACUGGACUCAAACCUGAAGCCAGACAAGUGCCGUCGCUUCACCCAGCCCCAGUGGCAGCUCCUGCAGCACAAUGGGACUUUCUCAAACACACGCGAGCCAGAGCCAGACACGGAACCUUGCGUGGACGGCUGGGUGUAUGACCGCAGCACCUUCGUCUCCACCACAGUGACAGAGUGGGACCUGGUGUGUGACUCUCAGCCACUGAACUCAGUGACUAGAUUCCUCUUCAUGUCCGGGAUGGUUGUGGGAAGCAUCAUUUUCGGCCAUUUAACAGACAAAUAUGGGAGGAAAUUAAUACUCACCUGGUGUUUGUUCCAAAUCGCCGUGGCUGACACCUGUGCAGCCUUUGCACCCGCCUUCUUUGUUUACUGCAUACUACGCUUCUUGUCUGGGAUGGCUACUCUUGGGGUCCUAUCAAAUAAUUCCAUGCUCAUCAUGGAAUGGACAGUACCCCGAUACCAAGCCUUGGGAAUGAUCUUGGUCGUGUCUGCUUGUAGUAUUGGACAGAUGAUACUGGGAGGCUUGGCUUUUGCUAUCCGAAACUGGUGUACCCUCCAGUUAGUGAUGUCCGUGCCAUUAUUUUUGCUGUCUAUAAUUUCAAGAUGGGUGUUAGAAUCUGCUCGGUGGCUGAUUAUCAGCAACAAGCCCAAGGAAGCCUUAAAGGUACUUCAAACAGCUGCCCACAGGAAUGGAGUGAAGAAUUCUGGAGAUUUCCUAACCCUGGAGGUCUUGAGUUCCGCCGUGAAGGAGGAGAUGCAAGUCACGCAGAAGAAGCCUUCCACACGUGACUUGUUCCACUCGCCCAUCCUGCGGAAACGCAUCUGUUUAAUAUGCUUUGUGAGAUUUGCAACGUUCAUGCACCUCUUUGGCCUGAGCCUCCACCUCCAGCAGUUGGGGAGCAACGUGUUCUUAUUCCAGGUUCUGUUUGGUGUAGUCACCCUCCCAGCCAAUUGUGUCGCGCUGUUAUUACUGAAUCAUCUGGGCCGUCGAAUCACUCAAUUGCUUCUCAUGGUGCUGGUGGGAAUCUGCAUUCUGGCCCUCAUCUUUGUACCUCAAGAAACACAGAUCCUGCGUAUAGUUGUGGCGACUUUGGGAGCAGGAUUUUCCUUUGCCGCUCUCACCAGUUGUCUUUCCCACGGAAAUGAGCUCAUCCCCACCAUCAUCAGGGCAACAGUUACCGGAAUUGCGGGCAUUGCUGGAAGUCUUGGGUCUUCCCUGGCUCCCCUCUUCAUGAUCCUAAUGGUGUAUUAUGCACCUUCACCCUGGAUCAUCUAUGGAGCCUGCUCCAUCCUUGCGGGUCUUGCUGUCCUGUUCCUUCCUGAGACCAGAAACAAGCCUCUGCCUGACUCCAUCCAAGACCUGGAAGAUGAGACCAAAGUCUCAAGAAAAGCAAAGCAGGAAGAGGCCUUCAUCAAAGUGACAAAGCUUUAGAGACUACAAGGACCAGAGUGAUGGUCAAAGAGCAAGAUAAAGAGAAAAGUUGAGAUCUU